CUUUUUUUUGUUAAAGAUUUCAACGCGAUUCAAUUUAAACAUAUUUUCUGUACCUCUUUGUUUUCUGCUGCUUCUCAAUCAACAACCUUAAAAAAUUCUCAUUUCGCUUGUAACAUACCCUUUUACUCAAUUACUGCACCAGAAGACGCGUUUAAUAGAGGAAUACCAAAUACUUUUUUGCACUGCAAAAAUAAAAUAAACAUGGCCGCACCGACGCCCACGGGAAGACACUCAAAUGGCAACAGCAACAGCGCAAGUGGAGGUGGAGGCGGAGGCAAUAAUAACAAAAAGCAGGUAGGGAAGGAGUUUAUAUGCAAGGUACGGUACCACAACCCACUUCCCGAAGUGCCAUUUCCACCAAAACUCCUGCCGAUUCCGCCGACCUACGUCGACCCCAACGCGGGCUCAUACAGCCAGGCGCGCCUGCACCACUACGUAGAAUACCGCCACACGACGCUCGAAGAGGCCACCCCUUACCCAAUGUACAUACCCGCCGCACAGGGAGCCGCCAAACCGGCGGCAACAGCGGCAGCCUCGGUCCCAGGCUUGUCGCGUACCGCUAGUGGCGCGACCAAACGCACCUUUGAUCACUCAGUGGAGGGCCAACUACGGGCCAUUGAAGAGUCCUUCCAGUACUUUGCCAAGUACGACGACCAGCCCGACGGCCAAGAAGCGCUCCUACGUAACCUGCGACACCCGACAAACCCCAACGUGCACGCGGUCGAAGCCCUGCCCCUGUACCCGGACUCGUCACUGUGGCCCAACCUCUACACCGUGUUCACCCUGGAUACCUGUCCAGAGCCCGAGUUCAUGCAGGAUUUCUCACGGAUGUCAGCCGAAGAGCGCCAGCAGUUGGGCGAUCUGGCCAGGGAAUCGCUUUUGUUCCGCCCGCGUAUGCGCCAGAACCACCUGGGCGAGGACGAGCAGUGGAUCGAGAGCUUCUUGCCCGAAGACGAGCGACCGUUUGAGAAGUCGCGCGAAUAUGAUAUGCCCGUGCGCCCCACUGCCUUGCGCCAAGAGCUGUACAUGCUCACGUUUGACAGAGAGGGCGACGAGCCGCAGGCCCGGUAUGUGCCCAUUAAGGCCCGCGUUAUGCUCAAGCGUCGCCGUGUGCCCUUGGCUGUUCGCCAGAUGGAGGAGCAGGAGGACCCCCUGCGUAUCACGAGCUUGGAUCUGCAGCUGCGCGAUUUCUCGGAGGACGAAAUCCAGGAGCGCGCUGUUGCUAUGAACAAGUUGCACGAGGUUAUUCGGGAGGAGAUCGUCCAUACGUCGGGUGUCGCCCGCAAUGAGGAUACCGAUGAGAAUGUUGAUAUUGGCGGCGAUCACGUGUUCGACAGCGACGAUGAUAACAACAGGCGGAGUGCUCGCAACUCACGCGGCCGCCGUAACCACCACGCUCGCGCCCAUUCGUACUCUUCGGCCUCGUCGCAAUAAACUUGAUUAUAUCCAUUUUAUAUGUUAAAGUAUUUUAUUGAAUAUUAUUGAAUACAACACACGCUUCAA